AAUUACUUUUUGUUUUACUCCUACUCCGCAGUAUCCGCGUGAGGGCACUCGGAUCUCGGUGGGGGGGUAUGUGACGAUUCUUUGUCACAACCUCUCUGUCCUGUAUGUACUUCUUUCGGUAGGGCUACUCUCUUUUGUUCUGUUCUGUUCUUUGUCUGUCUUUGCGCGUCGAUUUUUUUGGUUGAACAGAAGAAAAACCUAAUCCAGUCUGAACCAUUCUAUGAGAUGAGCACUAAGUGUACCAGACUUAACAAUGACAACGACAUACAUUUUUUCGACAGAAAUUUUUCUAACCCACGUCUAACACUUCCCACUUUCUAUAGCUCUACAGAGCUACAGAAAGAAGAAGGAAAGAUGAAUUUAGGGCUUUUCUUGUGAAUUCUAUAACUUUGCAAAGAAAGAUCAUGUAGAGAUGGAAGAUGUCUCAAUUUAAUUAGAACUUCGCGGGCUACAGUUGUUACUUAUUUAGAGAAACCGUUGGGGAUUUUUCGAGGUUUCUGGAAAACUAGUUUUUCAGAAACCGGUUAGGAAAGGCCUAUGGGGAAAAACGGCUAUCAUAUUCGGAAUCAGCAGACUACCUAUAGUCCGCUAGGGAAGACCCUAGUAUAACCACCAUUUUAAGAGAAAAUGAGUUUUUACUGAUUGUUUCCGCCUUUUUUUGCUUUCUUGCUUUCAGAUAUCAUCUCUUACAACACGUAUUACUUCUGAACGACGGAAUAGAAAGUUUUUUCCUUUUAACCAUAAACUAGUCUCUAUCUGUGCUAUAAAUUUGAGCCUGAUCUUUACCGCAAUGGUCACUAGCUGCUUGAUUUUCUUAGACAAUGUCUCUUUACGAGUGUUCUGGAUGCCCUCGUGGACUCUUGCAAAUCUAAACUUUUCAUCUAGAGCACUUUAUCAGGACUAUUAACCUUAGUAUUAAGUGGCAUACGUAUACAUAAUUCUAUUUUCAUUCAUUCAUUAGAUAUUAAAGUUACUGAUACUGAUAUUGUUCACACUGAACAAGAUGAAUUGGUUAUAUUUCAAUGUGGACGGUUUUGGUUAGACCGACAUAUCUACUUUGCUUAUCGCUAUGAUUAUGAUUUUGAACAAUUAUUUAUCUAUACAGUACUCUAUGAGAGCAAUGAGUUGCAUUUAUCAUUAAACAGAAACAAAUUAAAUCAUCCAAUAAAUACUUUUCCGCCGACACAAAUGUAUGAUUUGAUCGAUAUUCUUCUAUUAAACGUUCAUGCUUCUUCUUCAUCGCAAUUUCAACAACCAGUUCCAUUCUGGACAUAUAAAAAUAUAACUCGGUUAUGUAUAUACUUGAGGUCGGCAUUUGCUUUAAGUCGAUCAGCGUUAGAUUAUUUGCCGCACAUACUAACUAACAAUAAUAAAAUUUAUUUUUUAACUCUAAGCAGAAUACAACCGGAAUUAAUUGAUCCGCAAUUAUUGUGUAUACUGUUGAUUGCUCAUCUUGUUGGCGAACCUGUUUGUCGUGGAAGGAAAGGAAAGAAAAACAAGAAUAAUGUUUCAAAAUCAGAUUCAUCAGGUGCAUCGUCAGAUGAACAUUAG